CGGAGCCUUAAGGGCCGUUCUAUGGAGAUGACAUUGUGCGGCCAUUGUGGUUUUUAUGUGGUAACUGCAGCAUGAGAACCCAGAUAGUAUGGGAUCCGCAAAUAAGGUCUGAGAGGCCGGCAGGAAGACAGGAAGGGCAUAAUAUAGGAUACUGGAGUCACAGAAGGAAAAUACUGAGACUGUGAUCUCAGAAUGAACCGGAAGAUGCUCGGGGCGCUCGGGGUCCUCCUGACAGCUGCUGUUGCUUCUGCGUCUUCCACAACUUCUACCUCAAGUCCUGAACUAAAUCUCACAAGUGUCUCCACUAACAACUCCAGAACUUCUCCAUUAAUCCAACCUAACAUAGUGUCCCUGACACUAAAACUAACCAAUGCGAAUAAAGACCUACAGGAGACGCUGGCCAACACAACCAGGGAAUGGGUAUUAACAAAACUGAAGAACAUGUAUCCUGACUUGUUGGAUAUAAUCCACGUUAAAUUCCAGGAUUUUAAUGCAGUGACAACCAUGGAACUAGUCUUUAGAAAUGGGUCCCACACCCCAAAAUCAGAAGAAGUAGCCGAAACAAUAAAUAAAGAAAUGACUUCAUGUGACUUCUGUGCUGGUAACGUGACGGUGGAUCCCACCAGGGUGGAAUCUGUUGCUACUCCAACCAGCGCUAUGUCUCCAAGUGCUCCAGAGCGUCACCUCAGUACAUCUGCUCCAGCCCGUACACCAACGAAAAACAAGCAACAACCAUCCUCGGCCAUGUCACCGACUCGCACUAACACCAAAUAUGUCCAUUCUGUCAGCCCAGAGACUCUCUCCAAUACAAAGCCUAUGGCCAGCACGGAGAUAUCCGUUAGUCUAGAAAACAUCUCUAAUCUAGAGCCCCCAAUCAGGAAUGAUUCAUCCAUUAGUCUAGAAAAUAACUUCAACCCAGAGCUACAUGCCAGCACGAAGUCCACUGAUCCAGAAGUUCUCUCCACUCCAAAGCCACCUGCCAGCACCAUGUCCACUGAUCCAGAAGUUCUCUCCACACCAGAGCCACCAGCCAGCACCAUGUCCACUGAUCUAGAAGUUCUCUCCACUCCAAAAUCACCAGCCAGCACCAUGUCCACUGAUCCAGAAGUUCUCUCCACACCAGAGCCACCAGCCAGCACCAUGUCCACUGAUCUAGAAGUUCUCUCCACUCCAAAAUCACCAGCCAGCACCAUGUCCACUGAUCCAGAAGUUCUCUCCACUCCAGAGCCACCAGCCAGCACCAUGUCCACUGAUCCAGAAAUUCUUUCCACUCCAAAAUCACCAGCCAGCACCAUGUCCACUGAUCCAGAAGUUCUCUCCACUCCAGAGCCACCAGCCAGCACCAUGUCCACUGAUCCAGAAGUUCUCUCCACUCCAGAGCCUUCAAGUUCUAUGUUCAGCAGUGCCGCAGAAUCUACACGGACACCACCAUCACGUCCACAGAGCGCGCCCGCUGCCAUAGUGCCAGUGACAUUCAAAUUACGGAACAUGGAGUUUACUGAGAAGCUCAGGGACCAUUCAUCUGAUGAGUACAAAAAUCUAUCCAAAGAGGUAAAAGAUAAGAUGAUGCGUUACGUUUCUGAACUGGAGCGUGUGGACAAUAUAAGGUUCAGGAAUGGAUCAGUAAUCACAGACGCGGAUUUAGUCCUCAAGAACAAUUCUCAACCCACUAACUCCAGCGCGGUUAUUAAACAAAUAGAAGAUGGCGCCAAAAAUGAUUCAUUAAUAGAGCCUGAAAGCAUCAAGACAAGGGCAGCUGAAGAAGACACCAAUGCUGUGCCGACAACUACAACUCCCACCAACACUGAGCCUCCAACUACAACUCCCACCAACACUGAGCCUCCAACUACAACUCCCACCAACACUGAGCCUCCAACUACAACUCCCACCAACACUGAGCCUCCAACUACAACUCCCACCAACACUGAGCCUCCAACUACCACACAGCCUCCGACCAGCAAUAGGCCUCUAGAUACCACACAGACCCAAACCACCAAUGAGACUCUAGAUACCACACAGCCUCCGACCAGCAAUGAGACUCUAGAUACCACACAGCCUCCGACCAGCAAUGAGACUCUAGAUACCACACAGCCUCCGACCACCAAUGAGACUCUAGAUACCACACAGCCUCCGACCAACAAUGAGUCUCUAGAUACCACACAGCCUCCGACCAACAAUGAGUCUCUAGAUACCACACAGCCUCCGACCAGCAAUGAGACUCUAGAUACCACACAGCCUCCGACCACCAAUGAGUCUCUAAAUACCACACAGCCUCCGACCACCAAUCAAUCUCUAGAUACCACACAGCCUCCGACCACCAAUGAGACUCUAGAUAAUACACAGCCUCCGACCAACAAUAAGACUCUAGAUACUACACAGCCUCCGACCAACAAUAAGACUCUAGAUACCACACACCCUCCGACCACCAAUGAGACUCUAGAUACUACACAGCCUCCGACCAACAAUAAGACUCUAGAUACCACACAGCCUCCGACCACCAAUGAGACUCUAGAUACUACACAGCCUCCGACCAGCAAUGAGACUCUAGAUACCACACAGCCUCCGACCACCAAUGAGACUCUAGAUACUACACAGCCUCCGACCAGCAACGAGUCUCUAAAUACCACACAGCCUCCGACCAGCAAUGAGUCUCUAGAUACUACACAGCCUCUGACCACCAAUGAGACUCUAAAUACCACAAAGCCUCCGACCAGCAAUGAGACUCUAGAUACUACACAGACCCCGACCACCAAUGAGUCUCUAGAUACCACACAGCCUCCGACCACCAAUGAGACUCUAGAUACUACACAGCCUCCGACCAACAAUAAGACUCUAGAUACUACACAGCCUCCGACCAACAAUAAGACUCUAGAUACCACACAGCCUCUGACCACCAAUGAGACUCUAGAUACCACACAGCCUCCGACCAACAAUAAGACUCUAGAUACCACACAGCCUCCGACCACCAAUGAGACUCUAGAUACUACACAGCCUCCGACCAGCAAUGAGUCUCUAGAUACCACACAGCCUCCAACCAGCAAUGAGACUAUAUAUACCACACAGCCUCCGACCAGCAAUGAGUCUCUAGAUACCACACAGCCUCCAACCAGCAAUGAGUCUCUAGAUACCACACAGCCUCCAACCAGCAAUGAGUCUCUAGAUACUACACAGCCUCCGACCAGCAAUGAAUCUCUAGAUACCACACAGCUUUCGACCAGCAAUGAUACUCUAGAUACCACACAGCCUCCGACCAGCAAUGAGUCUCUAGAUACCACACAGCCUCCAACCAGCAAUGAGUCUCUAGAUACCACACAGCCUCCGACCAGCAAUGAGUCUCUAGAUACCACACAGCCUCCGACCAGCAAUGAGUCUCUAGAUUCCACACAGCCUCCGACCACCAUUGAGUCUCUAGAUACUACACAGCUUCCGACCAGCAAUGAAACUCUAGAUACCACACAGCCUCUGGCCAGCAAUGAGUCUCUAGAUACCCCACAGCCUCCGACCAGCAAUGAGUCUCUAGAUACCACACAGCCUCCGACCACCAAUGAGUCUCUAGAUACCACACAGCCUCCGACCAGCAAUGAGACUCUAGAUACCACACAGCCUCUGACCAGCAAUGAGACUCUAGAUACUACACAGCCUCCGUCCAGCAAUGAGACUCUAGAUACCACACAGCCUCCGACCACCAAUGAGACUCUAGAUACCACACAGCCUCAGACCACCAAUGAGUCUCUAGAUACCACACAGCCUCCGACCAGCAAUAAGACUCUAGAUACCACCCAGCCUCCGACUAGCAAUGAGUCUCUAGAUACCACACAGCCUCUGACCAGCAAUGAGACUCUAGGUACCACACAGCUUCCCACCAGCAAUGAGACUCUAGAAACCACACAGCCUCCGACCAGCAAUGAGUCUCUAGAUACCACACAGCCUCCGACCACCAAUGAGACUCUAGAUACAACACAGCCUCUGACCAGCAAUGAGACUCUAGGUACCACACAGCUUCCCACCAGCAAUGAGACUCUAGAAACCACACAGCCUCCGACCAGCAAUGAAUCUCUAGAUACCACACAGCCUCUGACCACCAAUGAGACUCUAGAUACCACACAGCCUCCAACCAGCAAUGAAUCUCUAGAUACCACACAGCCUCUGACCACCAAUGAGACUCUAGAUACCACACAGCCUCCGACCAGCAAUGAGUCUUUAGAUACCACACAGCCUCCGACCAGCAAUGAGACUCUAGAUACCACACAGCCUCCGACCAGCAAUGAGACUCUAGAUACCACACAGCCUCCGACGAACUCUGAGCCUCCAACUACCACACAGCCUCUGACCAGCAAUGAGACUCUAGAUACCACACAGCCUCCGACCAACUCUGAGCCUCCAACUACCACACAGCCUCCAACCACCAAUGAGACUCUAGAUACCACACAGCCUCCGACCAGCAAUGAGACUCUAGAUACCACACAGCCUCCGACCAGCAAUGAGACUCUAGAUACCACACAGCCUCCGACCAGCAAUGAGACUCUAGAUACCACACAGCCUCCGACCAGCAAUGAGUCUCUAGAUACCACACAGCCUCCGACCAGCAAUGAGUCUCUAGAUACCACACAGCCUCUGAGCAACUCUGAGCCUCCAACUACCACACAGCCUCCGACCAGCGCAGAGCUUGUAGAUCCUUCAUCUGUCGGUACAUUUAGUACUGAGCCUCCUCCGCCAACCGUAUCCUCUACCGCAGAUGCUCCAAACAUAGUUCCACUAAAAUUCAGAAUUGUGAACAGAGUCUACAACGAGAGUCUUCAGGACCCAUCUUCUCCAGAUAGUCAGAGUCUCACCGCCGAAAUAAGGAAGUGGGUUCUGCCGUUUUUACGGGAAAGUUUCUCUAACAUCCAGGAUAUAAGGAUCCGUUCAUAUGAGCCCGGUUCUGUGGUGUCCACUAUGGAUGUAAUCUAUCCAAAUGGUACCAAUGCCACCGACUCUAGAAAACUGGUUAAUGAAUUCUAUAAUCGAGUGAGUAAUGGCGAUCCACCAAACACCAUUGAUGGUUUAAAGCUGGAACCUCAAAGUAUUCAAUCCAGAGGUGAAAGUGUAUCCACUCCGAGCACAGCGCAAACAACUACUCCAUUACCGAUUACUACACGACCAGCAACAACCAUCACAGAGCCUGCACCAACAACCACAGGAUCAUUGACAACAACCACAGAGCCUGCACCAACAACCACAGGAUCAUUGACAACAACCACAGGAUCAUUGACAACAACCACAAAGCCUGCAACAACAACCACAGAGCCUGCAACAACAACCACAGGAUCAUCAACAUCAACCACAGAGCCUGCACCAACAACCACAGGAUCAUCAACAUCAACCACAGAGCCUGCACCAACAACCACAGGAUCAUUGACAACAACCACAGGAUCAUUGACAACAACCACAGAGCCUGCAACAACAACCACAGGAUCAUUGACAACAACCACAGAGCCUGCAACAACAACCACAGGAUCAUCAACAACAACCACAGGAUCAUCAACAACAACCACAGGAUCAUUGACAACAACCACAGAGCCUGCAACAACAGUCACAGGAUCAUUGACAACAACCACAGAGCCUGCAACAACAACCACAGGAUCAUCAACAUCAUCCACAGGAUCAUCAACAACAACCAUAGGAUCAUCAACAACAACCACAGGAUCAUUGACAACAACCACAGAGCCUGCAACAACAACUACAGAAUUAUCAACAUCAACCACAGGAUCAUCAACAACAACCACAGAGCCUGCAACAACAACCACAGGAUCAUCAACAUCAACCACAGGAUCAUCAACAUCAACCACAGGAUCAUCAACAACAACCACAGGAUCAUCAACAACAACCACAGGAUCAUUGACAACAACCACAGAGCCUGCAACCACAACUACAGGAUCAUCAACAUCAACCACAGGAUCAUCAACAACAACCACAGGAUCAUCAACAACAACCGCAGGAUCAUCAACAACAACCACAGAGCCUGCAACCACAACUACAGGAUCAUUAGCAUCAACUACAGGAUCAUCAACAACAACCACAGGAUCAUUGACAACAACCACAGAGCCUGCAACAACAGUCACAGGAUCAUCAACAUCAACUACAGGAUCAUCAACAAGAACCACAGGAUCUCCAACAACAACCACAGGAUCUCCAACAACAACCACAGGAUCAUCAACAAGAACCACAGGAUCAGCAACAACAACCACAGGAUCAUCAACAACAACCACAGGAUCAGCAACAACAACCAAAGAGCCUGCAACAACAACUACAGGAUCAUCAAUAACAACCACAGGAUCAUUGACAACAACCACAGGAUCAUUGACAACAACCACAGAGCCUGCAACAACAGUCACAGGAUCAUCAACAACAACCACAGAGCCUGCAAUGACAACCUCAGGAUCAUCAACAACAACAACCACAGGAUCAUCAACAACAACAACCACAGGAUCAUCAACAACAACCACAGAGCCUGCAAUGACAACCUCAGGAUCAUCAACAACAACAACCACAGGAUCAUCAACAACAACAACCUCAGGAUCAUCAACAACAACAACCACAGGAUCAUCAACAAUAACCACACAGCUUUCAACAACCUCAGAAUUUGCUAGAACAACCACCGGCGCUGGGCCUCAAACCAUGACACAGCCUCCCACCGGCUCUGAGCCUCAAACCAUGACACAGCCUUCCACUGGCUCUGAGCCUCAAACUAUAACACAGCCUCCCACCGGCGCUGGGCCUCAAACUAUGACACAGCCUCCCACCGGCGCUGGGCCUCAAACCAUGACACAGCCUCCCACCGGCGCUGGGCCUCAAACCAUGACACAGCCUCCCACCGGCUCUGAGACUCAAACCAUGACACAGCCUUCCACUGGCUCUGAGCCUCAAACUAUAACACAGCCUCCCACCGGCGCUGGGCCUCAAACUAUGACACAGCCACCCACCGGCGCUGGGCCUCAAACCAUGACACAGCCUCCCACCGGCGCUGGGCCUCAAACCAUGACACAGCCUCCCACCGGCGCUGGGCCUCAAACCAUGACACAGACUCCCACCGUCUCUGGGCCUCAAGCCAUGACACAGCCUCCCACCGGUGCAGAGCUUGUAGAGCCUUCUUCUGUUGGCACAUUUACUGCUGAGCCUCCUCCACCAACCGUAUCCUCUACCACAAAUUCUCCAAAUACUGUUCCACUAAAAUUCAAAAUUGUGAACAGAGUAUACAACGAGAGUCUUAAGGACCCAUCUUCUCCAGAUAGUCAGAAACUCAUAGACGAAAUAAGGAAGUGGAUAUUUCCAGCUUUAAAGAAACUUUUCCUUGACCUUCAGGAGCUAAAGAACUUUAAGUUUGAGCCCGGUUCUGUAGUGUCCUCCAUGGAUCUAGUCUACCCAAAUGGUACCAACACCACCGACUCCAGAACACUGGUUGAUGAAUUCCAUAAUGAAACUAUAAACUCCGACACGCCAAACACCUUCGGUCUAUUAGAGUUGGAUCCUCAAAGUAUUCAAUCUAGAGCUGAAGGAAUAUCGACUCCAGCACUGACCACAGUACAAACAACUUCUCCAUUACCAACAACCACCAGAGCUUCAACCACAACCAUAGAUCCCGCAACAGCAACCACUGGACCAGCAACAGCAACCACUGGACCAGCAACAGCAACCACUGGACCAGCAACAGCAACCACUGGAUCAGCAACAGCAAACACUGGACCAGCAUCAGCAACUACAAGACCAGCGACAGUAACCACUGGACCAGCAACAGCAACAUCAGGAUCAGCAACAGCAACCACAGGAUCAGCAACAGCAACCACAGGAUCAGCAACAGCAACCACAGGAUCAGCAACAACAACCACUGGACCAGCAACAGUAACCACAGGAUCAGCAACAGCUACCACAGGACCAGCAACAACAACCACUGGACCUGCAACAGCAACCACUGGACCUGAAACAGCAACCACUGGACCAGCAUCAGCAACUACAGGACCAGCAACAGUAACCACUGGACCAGCAACAGUAACCACUGGACCAGCAACAGCAACCACUGGACCAGCAACAGUAACCACUGGACAAGCAACAGCAACCACAGGACCAGCAACAGUAACCACUGGACCAGCAACAGCAACCACUGGACCAGCAACAGUAACCACUGGAACAGUAACAACAAAUACAGGACCUUCAACUGCAAGUCUUGAAACAGGGUCUGAAACUACAAGACCCACAGCAACGACUACAGAGCCUCCAUCCACAAGGCCUGCAAGUACAGGGACAGGGCCUACAAUAACUACAAUAGAACCUGCAUCUACAGAGACAGGACCUACAGUAACUACAGCAGGACCUGCAUCUACAGGGACAGGACCUACAGUAACUGUAGCAGGACCUGCAUCUACAGGUACAGGGCCUACAGUAACUACAGCAGGACCUGCAUCUACAGGUACAGGGCCUACAGUAACUACAGCAGGACCUGCAUCUACAGGGACCGGACCUACAGUAACUACAGCAGGACCUGCAUCUACAGGGACAGGACCUACAGUAACUACAGCAGGACCUGCAUCUACAGGUACAGGGCCUACAGUAACUACAGCAGGACCUGCAUCUACAGGGACAGGACCUACAGCAGGACCUGCAUCUACCGGGACAGGGCCUACAAUAACUACAAUAGAACCUGCAUCUACAGAGACAGGACCUACAGUAACUACAGCAGGACCUGCAUCUACAGGGACAGGACCUACAGUAACUGUAGCAGGACCUGCAUCUACAGGUACAGGGCCUACAGCAGGACCUGCAUCUACAGGGACAGGACCUACAGUAACUACAGCAGGACCUGCAUCUACAGGGACAGGGCCUACAGUAACUACAGCAGGACCUGCAUCUUCAGGGACAGGGCCUACAGUAACUACAGCAGGACCUGCAUCUACAGGGACAGGACCUACAGUAACUGCAGCAGGACCUGCAUCUGCAGGGACAGGACCUACAGUAACUACAGCAGGACCUGCAUCUACAGGGACAGGACCUACAGUAUCUACAGCAGGACCUGCAUCUACAGGGACAGGACCUACAGAGACUACCACUCAACCAGCAACUUCCACACAGUCUCCCACAGGCGCUGAGCUUGUAGAGCCUUCAUCUGUCGGUACAUUUACAGCUGAGCCUCCUCCGCCAACCGUAUCCUCUACCACAAAUGCUCCAAACACCGUUCCACUAAAAUUCAGAAUUGUGAACAGAGUCUACAACGAGAGUCUUAAGGACCCAUCUUCUCCAGAUAGUCAGAAACUCAGCGCCGAAAUAAGGAAGUGGAUAUUUCCAGCUUUAAAGAAACUUUUCCUUGACCUUCAGGAGCUAAAGAACUUUAAGUUUGAGCCCGGUUCUGUAGUGUCCUCCAUGGAUCUAGUCUACCCAAAUGGUACCAACGCCACCGACUCCAGAACACUGGUUGAUGAAUUCUAUAAUGAAACGAUAAACUCCGACACGCCAAACACCAUUGGUCCAUUAGAGUUGGAUUCACUAAGUAUUCAAUCUAGAGCUGAAGGAAUAUCGACUCCAGCACCGACCACAGUACAAACAACUUCACCAUUACCAACAACCACCAGAGCUUCAACCACAACCAUAGAUCCUGCAACAGCAACUACUGGACCAGCAACAACAGGACCAGCAACAGCAACCACAGGACCAGCAACAACUAAUGCGGGGCCUUCAACUGAAAGUGCUGAAACAGGACCUGCAUUAACAGCAUCAGGGCCUGAAACUACAGCAGGACCUGCAUAUACAGGGACAGGACCUACAGUAACUACUGCAGAACCCGCAUCUACAGGGACAGGGCCUACAGCAGGACCUGCAUCUACAGGGACAGGACCUACAGUAACUACAGCAGGACCUGCAUCUACAGGGACAGGGCCUACAGCAGGACCUGCAUCUACAGGGACAGGGCCUACAGUAACUACUGCAGAACCCGCAUCUACAGGGACAGGGCCUACAGCAGGACCUGCAUCUACAGGCACAGGACCUACAGUAACUACAGCAGGACCUGCAUCUACAGGGACAGGGCCUACAGCAGGACCUGCAUCUACAGGUACAGGGCCUACAGCAGGACCUGCAGUAACUACAGCAGGACCUGCAUCUACAGGGACAGGGCCUACAAUAACUACAGCAGGACCUGCAUCUACAGGGACAAGACCUACAGUAACUACAGCAGGACCUGCAUCUACAGGGACAGGUACAGAGCCUACAGUAACUACAGCAGGACCUGCAUCUACAGGGACAGGGCCUACAGUAACUACAGCAGGACCUGCAUCUACAGGGACAGGUACAGAGCCUACAGUAACUACAGCAGGACCUGCAUCUACAGGGACAGGGCCUACAGUAACUACAGCAGGACCUGCAUCUACAGGGACAGGACCUACAGUAACUACAGCAGGACCUACAGGGACAGGACCAACAGGAGGACCUGCAUCUACAGGGACAGGGCCUUCAGUAACUACAGCAGGACCUGCAUCUACAAAGUCUGCAACAACAAAAACAGGGACUGGAACAAAUACAACUCAAAAUGUAGCUCCACUUCAACCAAAUCUGCCCCAAGGAGAUACCGCUCCCGCUGCUCAAGCCUCCAUCCCUGCCUUUGGCAUUGCCUUGAUUGUGCUGGUCAUUGUGGCAAUCGUUCUUAUACCCAUAUGUAUUCUUGUGGGGUCCAGAGUUGUUCCUUUUUCCUCUAACCCACCUAUUAAUGGUAUAAUCGCGGCCUAAAGUUUUGGAACUUUGCAAUGUUUGCACUGGGCCUCCGAUAAACAAGAAAAACACAGGACAGCGCGCAAUGGGAAGAUUCGAUAUUCCUGUAGGAACGUGGCGGAAUGGCGCCAAAGAUCGAUUACGGAUACUGUGAUCCUGAAAACUUGCAAAGUAUUAAUGCAGCAGCAAAUUGUAAGCUUUCCAGCUGUUGCAAAACUACAACUCCCAGCAUGCCCUGGCAGCCUGCGGCUGCCAGGGCAUGCUGGGAGUUGUAGUUUUGCAACAGGUGAAGAGAUACAGAUUAGCAACCAGGAAGAGGCACAGGUCAUGCAUGUUGUUUACAUGAUAUACGUUAUAGGUCAUGCAGACUAUCGCUUCCAUCCUGCAUACAAUGUCAUGCCAUCUGCCGCUGUCUAUUUAUUGAAGGAUUUUUUUUUUUUUAGGAUAUAAUUUGAAUAUUUUGUACAUAUGUGAUAUGUCAUUUUUUAUAGUUGAUAAACUAAAGCCUUAUUAAUAAAGAUGGCAACCCAGGAUUGUAUGA